AGGGCUGUGAAGUAAUCAAAGUUACGAAUGCUCGCGAUAAAGUUUGAAACACUGAAUAUGCAGGAAAGUGAAACAAUUGAUAAAUUUUAUGCUAUUAAAGAUGAGUACUAAAAUUCAAAGGUCAUAAAGGUUUUCUUCUUUUAAGAAAUUAACAUGGUUAUUUAUUCUAUAAUAACAAUAUUUUUUUUCUUGAAAUUAAAUCCUUGACUCGAAUACGCUUGUGAUAUUAAGAUAUUGAUAUAUUAAAGGUCCAUUUGUUUGCUUGUAUUUGAUUUUCCUGAAAACAUUUUCAUCAUUUUCCACCGUUUGUUUGGUGGAAAAUAAACUUCCAUUGUAAGAGUUUUUCCAAAACAUAGGAAAAUAAGCCUUCUUUUGGGGGAAAUGUCUUACACUUUUUUUUUUUUUGUAAGACAUUUUCCAAAACAUAGGAAAAUUUUUCUCCCCUUUCCUCUUCCCUUUACCCUUCCCUUUGCCCUUUCCCUUGGGUUGCAAAAGAGAAAAAUUUUCUAAUAGAAAUUGAAGGAAGAGUCUGGAAAAGGCAAUGCUAAGCAUAUGUAGCAAGAAAGAUUCUCUUUUUUUUUAAUCUUUCAUUGAAUUUUUUUUUGUUGAUUCAUAAAGUGAAAAUUGCAGACAAAAACCAUAACCGAUGGACAGUGGAAGAUGGAGGAGAGGGGCAGUGUCUCAUGGAAUACUGCUGUUGUUAGCUCUUCACGCUGUAAACGAAUAUUACCGACUACCGUGAAAGCCGCUAGUCACCACCGUCUUCUCGCCGCCAACACUCUAAUUUAUCUCAGGCCUUUGUUCCUAGAUUUUCUCCUCCCUUUUGUUGAUGAGGUUUGGUUCAAUCCUCAUCUUUUCCUCAAGAAAUAGAAAAAAAGAGAGAAAGGGUAAAAUGAAAAUGGCGUCAGCUCAGGCCUUACCUUCUUCACGGAAACAAAAGCAUCUAGAAGCUGGGAAGCAUCGGCUGGAGGAAUUCUAUAAGAAAAAUGCAGCCGAGAAAGCCAAGAAGGCAGCAUCUACCUCCCAAACCAAUGUUUCUGAUGUUAGCUUAAAUGAAAAACAGCAAUUAGAAUAUCUUUUUGUUAACUUAAAUGAAAAACUCUGCUCAAUCUACCUCUCAAAGCUGAUUGUUGCUAAUGAGAAUAUCUUGGAGAAGAAGCAUGAUUUUUACUCUACCAAAUAGAAUGAGGAUUUUGUUGCUUUGGAGCAAGUAGUCACAUUUUCUAUUCUUGGGGUGCCACUAUGUCCACAUUUCUAAUAAUUAUUGUGUUUUAUGGUUCAUCCCUUGGGCAAUUUAUAGUGCUUGUAAUAACAAUUUCCUUACUAACACAAAUAAACAUUUUUUGAAGUGUACUUUUUGAUGUCUUAGAAA